GUCAAAUCAUAUCUCUCAACCACACACUCCUCGCACCGCCGGUUGCAGCAAUGUCUCUGGAACGGGCCAGACCGGAACGACACAGCCGUAGCGCCCCUGAGCUCGGUGUCGGAAGUCUACGGCAGGAGAAAUUAAUUGACGUGGAGACUUUCAGGUGCCAGCAAACUAUUCUCCUUGCCCUCCAGAGAUUGUCCGCCCUCAAUCCAUGUGAAAUCGAGCACCUAUGCUGAACAGGUCUGCCAGGCACAGACUCGCUGCGGGUUCCGUCACUGGUUCUGUGUGCUGCUGCUGCCGCCGCCGCUGAUCAGCUGCGGUGGAUGCUUGGCCACGGUCAUUGGUUCUGUGCUGCACACAGCCCUGCUUACGUCGCACCCCCUUGCUGUUGCUGGCCGCUCGGCAUGACUACCAACAAAUCUACACAAGCAAAGUGUACGCACGGGCUCUAUCGUCUACUGCUGCAUGACCGCCAGGACUUGUGCAUUUCGCUGCCUACCUGGUAUCCGGAUUGCGGCAGAUCCACUUCUGUGUCUGUGUCUCUGUCCUCUGCCUUUGAUGUUGAUGCUGUUGUUACUGCUGUUGCUGCUGAUUCAGCUGCGGCAGUGUCAGAUUUUCUCCUGCGUCUGUCGCCGACUCAGCUCUACACUCAUUCUGACCCAG